GGGCGGGGCGGGAGGCGGAGGUGCCGCGUAGGCCGAGGAGGCCGGCCCGCCCGGCUGGGAGCUCGAGCCCCAUGCGCGGCCGCCUCCCCCCACGAUGUUCCCCGCCCGGAGGAAAGCGGCGCAGCUGCCCUGGGAGGACGGCAGGUGGGAUGGUUCCCCAUGUCCACCUCCCCGGUAUCCACCCCAUCCCCAGAAAGGGCUCAGAGGGAGAAUCAGUAGAGACUCCAGCCUUCCCAGGCCACUGGCAGGAUUGGGUUCUGCUCCCCAUCGGAAACCCCCACCACAGGACAAUGGGGGGUCCAGGCUGCUUCCCAGCAGCCUUCCCCGGAAAUGCUCCGUCUUCCACCUCUUCGUUGCCUGUCUCUUACUGGGCUUCCUCUCCCUGCUCUGGCUGCAGCUUAGCUGCUCUGGUGACAUGGCCUGGGCAUCCAAGGGACAAGGGCAAGAGACCCCAGGUCCACCCCGGGCCUGCCCCCCAGAGCCGCCCCCUGAGCACUGGGAAGAAGAUCCAUCAUGGGGCCCUCACCGCCUGGCAGUGCUGGUGCCCUUCCGAGAACGCUUUGAGGAGCUCCUGGUCUUUGUGCCCCACAUGCAUCGCUUCCUGAUCAGGAAGAAGAUCCCACACCACAUCUACGUGCUCAACCAGGUGGAUCAUUUCAGGUUCAACCGGGCGGCACUCAUCAAUGUGGGCUUCCUGGAGAGCAGCAACAGCACAGACUACAUCGCCAUGCACGACGUGGACCUGCUCCCUCUCAACGAGGAGCUGGACUAUGGCUUCCCUGAGGCAGGGCCCUUCCACGUGGCCUCCCCAGAGUUCCACCCGCUCUACCACUACAAGACCUAUGUCGGCGGCAUCCUGCUGCUCUCCAAGCAGCACUACCAGCUGUGCAAUGGGAUGUCCAACCGCUUCUGGGGCUGGGGCCGUGAGGACGAUGAAUUCUACCGGCGCAUCAAAGGAGCUGGGCUCCAGCUAUUCCGCCCCUCGGGAAUCACAACUGGAUACAAGACAUUUCGCCACCUGCAUGACCCAGCCUGGCGGAAGAGGGACCAGAAGCGCAUUGCAGCUCAAAAACAGGCUGACAGUUGAGAAUUUCCUCUGCUACUGCAGCUGUCUGAGCCAUGCCCCCUCACCCACAAGUAAGGCUGAGUUGAGGACUCCUCAGGCUAUGAUAUCGGACCAGAAAGAAGUAAAUGGAAAAGGUAACUACUUGUUGUCUGAUAGUGCAGCACCGGGUAUUUCCUUCCCAAGGAAGGGAUGUAGGAGAUGUUUUUCCUUAAUGAUUACCCCCAGUGUCCCCUUGUCCGUUCCUUCAUAGAGGCCUUCCUGACUACCCAUUCUUAAGAGUUCACACACAAACUCACACAUACAUCAUCCCUUUUUAUUGCUCUCACAGCUAUCAUCAUUAACUGAAAUCUUACUUAUUUACUCUCCCCUGUUCCUUCAUCUCACUAGAACUUCAGCCUCCUGAGCUCAGGACCUGUGUAUCUUGUUCAUUGCUAUGUCCUCAGUACCUAGCACUGGGCCUGCUGCCUCAUAGGCACUCAGUUUUAAUGGAAUUGAUUGAAUUGAAAUUCCCAGGUGGCAGGUUGCAGCCCACAGCACCAGCUGCUGUUGGCCAGGCCUUCUCUGCCCUAAGGCUGAUGUUUUGCUCUCCUGUCCUGUCCUGAAGACCUGGGGCCACCUCUUCCCCACACCUGACUUCAUCUUCUUUGUUCACUUGCCCUUUCCAUCUUGUUUACCUGUCUGCCAGCAGCUGCUACACUACCUGCCAGCUUUAAUUCUGCUUCAUUUAAGCUCAUUUGCACCAAUUUCUUUUUUUAGAACAAUCCACGCAGUCCCCUGAAGAGCAGCACAUGCUGUGGGCGGCCCUGCUUCCCUUUUCCUGAUGAGCACAGAGCAGCAGUUUCCUUCCCUCUGAGCACUCACUGAAAGCGCUUUGCCAGAGCAGGAGAGGCCUAGACUCAGAGAUGCUCAUUUCCUGUGGACCUGAAGCCAGGGGCACACGCUGUGGAAAUUCUGAAUUUUAAGGGGAUGGAAAGUCCAAAGUGCUUUGGGGCUGACCUGCUUCCUGAGGUGACUUCUCCUCCCUCACAGCUGUAGGACCCACCCCACAUCCUCAUCACUGGGCCUUUAGGCCUCGCGGUCCUGGGGGCUACAACUCAGGAGAGAGUCUGUUCUGCUCCCUAGAAAUUGGAGUGAGAAAGAGGUUCAGAGUAGUGGCCCCACCCAGGGAAUGUUCUCUCUUACCCUUAGAGCUGGCAACACCAGAGGCUGCAGAAUUGCCCUUCUGUGCAGUGGCCUAGAAUCUCAGCCCAGAAUGGGAAAACACAGACUUCCUAACACAUUGUCACAUCCACCUCUCACUUUCUGCUGCUGCAGAAGGCUCAGCAUAAAAUGAAAUCAUGUUGCUUUUCAUAGAAAUGAAGCCAAGGCAGGAAUGUGGUCAGGCAGAAACUGAAGGGCCAAUGAGACUUAUCUGGAAGAAGAGAAAUUCCUGGGGUUGGGUCAACCAGGGUAGUGGAACUGGAACUUUGGCCUCAGCCAGAGGAGGUAGUAAUCCCACCUCCACCACUAAUUCACUGCAACCUCAGGCAAGUCGCUGAACCUCUCCGAGCCUCAGUUUCCACAUCUCUAAGGUAGAACUUUUCAUACCUGCCUACCUUGCAUGGUACAUAUCUGGUAGUGUACGGUAUCUGACACAUAGGGAGUACCCAAUAAGUAAAAGCUUUUAUUACCAUUUAUAGGCUUUAAAACAGUGAGUGACACAUCUUUACUGUGAUUCAGAGAGUCAUAUUGCCUCAUUACUUAACCAUUCCCUCCUAAAAGUGCACUGGGGUUUGCUGAGGACUUGCAGGGCCUCUCAGAAAGACACAGGCAUUCCCACAUCUACAGAUGAGGGACUUGGCCUCAGACCUUGAAUUCACUGACUUAAAAUUAAUUGCUAUUAGCCAGAUUGUGCUCCCUAUAAUGUAGUGUUUUCGAUUUUAAAAAAGCACAAAAGCCCUAGCUGGUUUGGCUCAGUGGAUAGAGUGUCAGCCUGCGGACUGAAGGGUCCCCACUUCCAUUCCAGUCAAGGGCACAUGCCUGGGUUGUGGGCUUGAUCCCCAG